AUGGGUAAUGCAUUUGCAAAGUUGUUUCAAUCUUUUUUUGGCAAAAAGGAGAUGAGGAUAUUAAUGGUCGGGUUGGAUGCUGCUGGUAAAACAACAAUUCUGUACAAAUUGAAGCUUGGAGAAAUUGUUACAACUAUCCCAACUAUAGGUUUUAACGUUGAAACUGUAGAUUACAAAAACAUUAGUUUUACGGUAUGGGAUGUUGGUGGUCAGGACAAAAUCAGGCCACUGUGGAGACAUUACUUCCAAAAUACACAAGGUUUGAUAUUCGUUGUGGACAGUAAUGACAGAGAGAGGGUAGGAGAAGCUAGGGAGGAACUCGCCCGUAUGCUUAAAGAGGAUGAACUCAGGGACGCAGUCUUAUUAGUGUUUGCCAAUAAACAGGAUCUACCCAAUGCCAUGACUUCAACGGAUCUGACAGAAAAACUUGGACUGCAUAGUCUUCGAAAUCGUAACUGGUUUAUUCAUGCAACAUGUGCUACAAAUGGUUGCACAUUUACUAUCGGACAAGAAGAAACAUACCAAACAUUGAAAAUGGGAAAUAUAUUUGGAAAGUUGUUUCAAUCUUUAUUUGGCAAAAAGGAGAUGAGGAUAUUAAUGGUCGGGUUGGAUGCUGCUGGUAAAACUACAAUUCUGUACAAAUUAAAGCUCGGAGAAAUUGUUACAACCAUCCCAACGAUAGGCUUCAAUGUCGAGACUGUAGAAUACAAAAACAUUAGUUUUACGGUGUGGGAUGUUGGUGGUCAGGACAAGAUCAGACCUCUAUGGAGACAUUACUUCCAAAAUACACAAGGGCUGAUAUUUGUGGUAGACAGCAACGACAGAGAACGAAUUGUUGAAGCCAAGGAGGAGUUGAUGAGAAUGAUUAAUGAGGAUGAAUUGCGAGAUGCAGUACUGCUAGUAUUGGCAAACAAGCAGGAUUUACCAAAUGCUAUGGCUGCAUCUGAUAUAACAGAAAACUUAGGUCUAUCGACUCUUCGUAACAGGAACUGGUACAUUCAAGCAACAUGCGCCACAAGCGGUGACGGUCUAUAUGAGGGACUUGAUUGGUUAUCCAAUCAACUUAAGAAGCCAUAA